CAGAGCCAUUGAGAAUCAUUGACACAGUACUUAGCAAGUAUGAUGGCAGUGGCUGUGUGUUUGUGGUGACGCAGAAAGCCUUUUGUAUUUUCUCCACUGGGGUAUACGUAAAGGUCGCUUGGUUACGUCUUUACACAGCUACAGCUAAUUGAAUGUCAAACGACUUUAUGCAGAAAGGCUGCUCUCAUGUUGUGCAUUGUUUUGCGUUCUUCUUGCUUCAGAAUAACACGUAUCAAUGUCGCCUGCUAAAAGCUAUACAGUUUCAGAUGGUUACAGUAUGGAUAACGUUAGCGGUAUACAUAAGGAGAGCGACAGUGACUCAGGGGCGGCGGCGCUGACAGAGGCGGAGAAGAAGCUUCUCUCGGCCGCCGCGAAAGGCGACAUCGCCACGGUCACCGAACUGCUGGGGUUCGGAGAAAAUAAAAUAAAUGUCGAGUGCAAGGAUGCUCUGGGCAGGUGUGCUGUGGAACUGGCUGUCGAUUCAGACCAUCUUGAAGUAGCCAACGCAUUGCUGCAAUAUGGAGCCACACCGGGAGAGGCGCUCCUGUACGCUGUGGAUAAAGAAGACGUGGCCGCUGUUGAAAUGCUGUUGGAAUAUCCAAGAAACGCAGAGAAGUCUUCAUCUACAGCCUGUAGUCGCCAUCCACCAGAAAUGACACCGAUCGUUCUCGCAAGUCACAAAAACAGCCUCCCUCUCAUCAAACUGCUUGUUGACCGUGAAAUGUCGAUUCCCGGCCCCGAUGAAGUGCCCUUCAAUGGUCACCCAUCAACUGAAGCCAAUCUAAACCUGUACCGCGGCCUGGUCAGCCCUUACUACAUCCUCCUGACCAACGACGACCCUCUCAGACGGGCCUUCGUGCUCAGCACGAGAUUGGUCGACAUCGGGGCGAAAAUACCCGAAGUGGAGGAGGAAUUCUCGGAAAUGGCCGAAGAAUGCCGAAGUUUGGGCGUAGAUCUGCUGAACCAAGUACGGAACCGAGACGAGGCGGCGGCCAUCUUGAAUUGUGGAGACGAAGUGUCACCAGUGAUACACGGUGAUGACUGUAAAGUGAAGCUGUCAGGACUGAACAUGGCUGUACAUCAUCACCAGGAGAAGUUUGUUGCAAACCGUUGGAGUCAGCGCAUGGUGAAAGAAUGCUGGUAUGGGCUUUAUCACAAACCCAGCAGCACCGGCCUUGCUGAGUACCUCCGCGGCCUGGUACUGAUGCUGCUGACACCAAUCCUGGCCCUCAUCUAUCUCGUGGCCCCCAUGUCCCGUGCAGGUCGCUUCAUCAGAACUCCCGCCGUCAGUUUCGCGAUGGACAUGGCCUCCUUUCUGACCUUCCUUAUAUUAGUGGCACUGAGAUCAAAUAAAGUCGAUUUCGAUGGUCCACCAGGUGGUCAGCUGGCUCCAAACGGAACGGUGUUGGAGUGGCUGAUACUAAGCUGGAUCAUAGGGAUGCUGGGGGAAGAGAUGAGGCUGAUCUGGAAGAUGGGUGCCCGGAUGUACAUAUCUCAUGCAGAGGGGAAAGAAAACUGGGUCAUCAUUGUCAUCUACUUGGCAGCCUUCGCCAUGCGCGUGGCUGCGUAUGUUACACAUGGUGGUCCCCGGGAUCUCUUUCGCUUCGAAUGGGACCCAUACGACACGACCCUCAUCGCCGAGGCUCUGACAUCAGUCGGCGGCGUCUUCGCCUUCCUCCGCCUGCUCAACCUCCUCACCAUCGACCGGCUCCUCGGCCCGAUGGCGCUGUCCAUGAGAAGCAUGAUCAAGGACAUCAUCAAGUUCUUGGUCAUCUUUGCCAUCAUCGUCAUUGCCUUUUCUUCUGCACUGAACGAACUGUACGGCUUCUACGGCGGUGCUGUCAAGGAAAUGUGUUCACAGAGUGAUAAUGCCACGUCUCCUUUGGUACAUACGACCUGCGAGACUGAAAACACAUUCAGCAAUUAUGGUGGGUCGUUCGCUGAGCUGUUCUGGGCACUGUUUGGUCUGGGAGCGAAGGAUACUCUUGACCUGUCUAUCAGCGAGGCCGGCAACCCGAACGGUCUUUAUAAGGAGCACACAUUAACCAUGUAUGUCGGCCUGUCCCUUUACGGACUGUACCUGGUGGUAGCAGUGGUCGUGCUACUCAACAUGCUCAUUGCUAUGAUGAGUAACUCCUACCAAGCCAUUGUGGACAACGAGACGACAGAGUGGCGAUUCGAAGGGACCAAGUUGAUGCUGCGGUACAUCCGUGACGACAUGACUCUACCCGUACCCUUCAACAUCAUCCCAACUCCCAAGUUCAUCUACAACAAAGUCAUCAAGAAGUGCUGCUUCCGUCAGCGUGUUCAGUGUGAACUGGAUAACAAGGAACGAGCAAAGGCUGAGAAUGAUCGGCGUUACAAGGAGGUCUUGUCUCGUCUGGUUCGCCGUUACAUCCUUGUCCGCGGGCGAGAGAAGUUUGUAGAGCCGAUCUUCUCGGACGUCACUUCUCGUGGAACUGUCACCGAGUCCGCCCCUCAACACAACGCACCUGCUGAUGGUACAGAACAACCCAAACCUGGAAACGGAAAAGGCUUUUCAGCUCAGAUCGUAGUCAUCGGCAAUCAAGCAGCAGUUGAUGACUCAACUCCCUUGUAAUGCAUGGUGGGGAAUACCCUCACUGUUUUACAGUCGCUCGGUCUAGUUUUGUUACUAUCAAUGCUUAUUCAAAAACCUACUGGUUGCACGUUUAAACAGAUACUACCGGUUCCAGAUUAUGAGGAUGGUACAAUUACGGUAUAAGGUUGCAUGUUUUGGUUGUGAAUAUUAGUACUCUGAGCAAGCUAGGAUUAAACAAUGUGUAACAGCCGUUGUAAGUUACACGCUAGACCAGCUAACAACACCGAUAUAUCGAUCUUCUGACUUACCAAAGUACAGUAGAAACCAGUUAAUUGCACAACAGAUUAAAGCACACUUCUGUUAACUGCCCGGAAUCCCCAAAUCCCAAACCGGCUUGGUCCUGCAAGAUAACAUCGCAUUAUUGCACCAGUCGGAUAAUUUCACGAAAUUCACUGGCAAAUAGGCCGUGCAAUUAAGCGGCUUCUGCUGUACCAGUAAGCUUACUAUAGACUAAGUGGUAUCACUUUUUGCCAACGUUUAUAAGUAUAUAAGUUAUCCACUGUGAUCUUGAUAGAUUGUUUGUUGUACUAUAGCUAAGUACUGUAGAUGUAUUUAAUUUCGCGGUAGCGGGAAAAAGGACAUUUCGCGGUGGUUUUACGUUCGAGGUAGUACAUGCACUGUAUGCUCUUACUGCCAUGGAAACAUGUUCGCGGUGGUUUUAAUUUCGCGGUGAAGCGGCCACCGCGAAAACUG